GUCAACGAUGCUUAUCAGAUAUCGACGAUAUAAUGAGCGGCAUUUCAGACUCUCCGCAGACCAAGCAAACGAAACCUUCGUCCUCACUCAGUGCUGCUAGGUCAGCGCUCCUGUACAGAACCCUCCAGACGCCUCAUCAAGCCUUCUGACGACACUCUUAUCUGAACGAUGUCGUCCUCCAGUGUAGGAAUCAAAGUCAUCAUCGUCGGCGGAGGUCUAGGCGGGACUUGUCUCGCAUUGGCGCUCGCUCAGCGAGGCAUCAAGUCCGAGAUCUACGAAGGCAAGGCAGAGAGGCAAGAUAUUGGAGGCUCCCUCACGUUGGCACCAAAUUGUCUUCGUGUUCUCGAUCAGCUAGGACUAUGGCGGGAUCUUCGAAAGCAAGGCACAGAGUUUGAAAUUAUGAACCUUAUCACCAACGACGGGUUCCAGAUUGGCAAGUUUCACAUAGGCUCGAGAGCUCGAUAUGGGUACCCAGCGUUGCGCAUCCGCCGAUAUCGACUACACCAAUGUUUAGUGGAUGCCGCCACCCAAAGCUAUCCCGAGCUGAUCUCGAUUCAAAUGGGUAAAAAGGCAGCCCGGGUAGAGAAUCAUGCCCUAAAUCCAAAAGUCCAUUUCGCAGAUGGUACGGAGGUGACGGGUGACUACAUCGUCGGAGCGGAUGGUAUCCAUUCGAUGGUCCGUCAAACCAUUUGUCCAGACUCCCCCGAACCUCAGUACACUGGCAUUGUGUCGAUUGGAGCUAUGAUAUCCCCAGGUCAAGUCAAGGCCUACCCGAUGCCGUGUAUAGUGUACGGUCGAACCGGUACGAUCGGACUCAGUCCAUGCGGCGCUCAGGGCGAGGGCGAGGAAGCAGCGAGCUGGUUCGCCACACUCGAGGUGGAAAAGGAAGAGACUCGAGCAGGGUGGGCUGAGAUGAAGUCGAGCGGUCAAGCCUUGAAACUCGCAAAGGAGCGAUUUGCCGAUUGGAGAGGACCAAUCGUCGACUUGAUCGAACAGGCACACAACAAUCCAGACUCGACUCUUCUGUGGGCUCAAUACUCUGUACCAGAACUCCCUCGAUGGCACUCGGAUCGGGUGGUGCUCAUUGGAGACGCAGCUCAUGCCAUACCCCCUAGCGGCGGACAGGGAGCCGCACAAGCUUUCGAAGAUGCUUGGUUACUUGCUGAGGUGCUGGCCAAAGGUCUGAGUCUAUCCAAGUGGGAGGCAGAGAGGAGGAAGCGACUAGGCGUAAUCAACAAAUUCACCCAACAAUCUGGUAAAUCGAGACAGGUCGGCAAGGCAAGCGUGGCAGCUUUCAACGUGAAAAAGUGGAUGAUGUGGACCUAUUUCAAGAUGUCAAGCAUCGGAAGGGGAGAUGAUCUGUACUCGUACGAUGGUAGCAAAAUAGCCCUAUGAUAUGAUCAUGAGCGUCAUUGUCAGCACAG